AUGGGGAUCCCGGCCCGGCCGGAGGCGCCGCUGGCUGCGGUUCCUGCUGGGCAGAGGGUCCCCUGUCCCUGCGCCCAGGCCCUGUCCCCUGUCCCCCCCAUCGCUGCCUUGUCCCCAGCCCCUGUUCCCGCAGUGUCCCCCUACCCUCACUGCGCUUUUCCCCGCAGUGUCUCCGUGUCCCAGCCCCCGGCCCCUCAGCGGGGCUGCUCGGGGGAUCCCAUCCAUCUGCCCGCGCAGGUGCGGAUCGAGGGCUCCGUGAAGCGGCUCUCGGAGGAGGAAUCGGAGCGGUACUUCCAUUCCCGCCCCAGGAGCAGCCAGAUCGGCGCCGUCGUGAGCCACCAAAGCACCGUCAUUCCGGACCGGGAGUAUUUAAGGAAGAGGAAAGCGGAGCUGGAAGAGCAGUACAAGGAGACAACAGUGCCAAAGCCGGCGUACUGUGACCGCGGCUCCCUCUCCAACACAGACAUCCACUACUUCCACUGCCUGCGGAUUGUGGAGAUCCUCAAGGGCACUGAGGCCUCCACCAAGAACCUCUUUGGGCGCUACUCGUCCCAGCGCAUGAAGGACUGGCAGGAGAUCGUGUCCCUCUACGAGAAGGAGAACACCUACCUGGCCGAGCUGUCCAGCCUGCUGGUGCGCAGCGUGAGCUACGAGGUGCCCUCGCUGAGGAAGCAGAUCGGGAGGUGCCAGCUGGCCCAGCAGGACUUCGCGCGCCGCGAGGAGGAGUGCCAGCUGCGGGCGGCCGAGCUGCGGGAGCGCUUCUACGGCUCCUGCAAGCAGUACGGCAUCACGGUGCGGGUGGAGAGGCCGCUGGUGGAGGAGGUGCCGGAGCCGCCGAAGGAGGAUGCGAUCGACUGGGGGGACUUCACGCUGGAGCCGACCGCUGGCAGCGCCGGCGCCGCUGCAGACGGGGGAGCCCAGGGUGACGAGAUCGACUGGGGGAUCACGCUGGAGCCUUCGCAGCAGGAUGAUGGCAUCGACUGGGGAGAUGGUGAUGGCGAUGGGGCGCAGAUCACAGUGCUGGAGGCUGGCACCGAGGUGCCAGAGGGUGUUGCCUGCGGCUCCGAUGCCCUGACGCUCCUGGAGAACCCGGAGACCCGGAGCCAGUUUUUGGAUGAGCUCAUGGAGCUGGAGCUGUUCCUGUCGCAGCGGCUGGUGGAGAUGGGCGAGGAGGCCGACGUCGUGGCCGUAAGCCAGUUCCAGCUGGCGCCCGCGGUGCUGCAGGGCCAGAGCAGCGCCCGCGUGGCCUCCCUGCUGGCCUCCGCCCAGGCUCUUAUCGGGCAGCUCAGCACCCGCCGCAUGCAGCACCUCUUCAUGAUCCUCGCGUCGCCCAGGUGA